UGCACUUGGGCGCCGACGCCUUCCGGGCAGCGCGGGAGCCGGGCGGCCACCUGUACGCAGUGCCCCGAUAGGAGACCGCCCCGCCCGUGUCCCCGCCGCGGCCGUCGCCCUGGAGGCCGAACCGUCCCGCGCCGCCGAGCGUCCGCGCCAUGAAGCCCAACUUCACCCUGCGACUGAGGGUCUUUAACCUCAACUGCUGGGGUAUUCCCUUCCUGAGCAAGCAUCGCGCCGACCGCUUGAAGCGCCUGGGAGACUUUCUAAACAUGGAGAGCUUCGACCUAGCUCUACUGGAGGAGGUGUGGAGUGAACAGGACUUCCAGUACUUGAGACAGAAGCUGUUGCCCACCUACCCAGCUGCACACUACUUCAGGAGCGGCAUUAUUGGCAGUGGUCUCUGUGUCUUCUCCAAACACCCAAUCCAGGAAUUCACCCAGCAUGUCUUCACCCUCAAUGGCUACCCCUACAUGAUCCAUCAUUGUGACUGGUUCUGUGGGAAGGCUGUGGGGCUGCUGGUACUCCAUCUAAGUGGCUUGGUGCUCAACGCCUACGUGACCCACCUCCAUGCGGAGUACAAUCGACAGAAGGACAUCUACCUAGCACAUCGCGUGGCCCAAGCUUGGGAACUGGCCCAGUUCAUCCACCACACAUCCAAGAAGGCUGAUGUGGUUCUCUUGUGUGGGGACCUCAACUUGCACCCAAAGGACCUGGGCUGCCGCCUGCUGAAAGAGUGGACCGGGCUGCAUGAUGCCUAUCUGGAGACCCGGGACUUCAAGGGUUCUGAAGAAGGCUGUACGAUGGUACCCAAGAACUGCUAUGUCAAGCACCAGGAGCUGGGGCCAUUUCCCUUGGGCAUCCGCAUCGACUAUAUACUUUAUAAGGCAGUGUCUGGGCUAUACAUCUCCUGUAAGACUUUCAAAACUACUACAGGCCAUGACCCUUACAGCGGCCCCCCCUUCUCUGAUCAUGAGGCCCUGAUGGCUACUCUGUGUGUGAGACACAGCCCCCCCCAGCACAACCCCAGCCCUACCCAUGGACCAGCAGAGAGCUCGCCAUUGACCAGUGUGCUAAGGGAGGCCUGGGCAGAAGUGGACCAGGGCAUGGCCCAGGCUCACUGGUGGGCCACCAUGGCCGGCUAUGCAGUUGGUCUAGGGCUUCUUCUCCUGGCGUUGCUGUGUGCCCUGGCGGCCGGAGGAUGGAUGAGGGAAGCUGCUCUACUGCUCUGGACCCCCAACGUAGGACUGGUGCUGGGGGCAGGUGCCUUCUACCUCUUCCACGUGCAGGAGGCCAAGGGCUUGUGUAAGACCCGGGCCGAGCUUCAGCAUGUGCUGGGAAGGGCAAGAGAGGCCCAGGACCUGGGCCCAGAGUCCCAGCCAGCCCUGCUCCUAGGGCAGCAGGAGAGAGACAGAGCUGAGGAACAAUAAAGCUUGACACUUUUGUG